CUCUCUCUCCCCCGUCUCCAUCCCGUUCUCCCCCGCCUUCAUCCCAGUCCCCUCUUCAUCCUCUUACCCCCCCAUCCCGGUCCCCUCCCCCUCUCUCUCCCCGCCGCUCCGUUCCCGGUGCCCGGUUGGCAGCCCGGGGCGGGGAUGGCCUCGCUGCCGUAGCCCCCCCCGCGCCCCCCCGCUUCCUUCCGCCGCCUCCCCCGCUCCCCGCGGCGCCGGGGGGGCUGCGGCUCGGCUCCCUCCGGCGGCGCCCGCAUGGGGGGCAAGCAGAGCACGGCGGCCCGGGCGAGGGGCCCCUUCCCGGGGGUGUCGACGGAUGACAGCGCUGUGCCGCCGCCGGGAGGAGGAGGCGGAGGCGGCGGCGGUGGCGGCGGCGGGGGGCCGCCCCCCUUCGGCCAUUACCGGGCGGGCGGCGGGGCCAUGGGGCUGCGCAGCCGCUCGGUCAGCUCGGUGGCCGGGAUGGGCAUGGACCCCUCGGCCGCCCCGUUCGGGCUCUACGCGGCCAGGGCGGCGGGGGAGGCCGAGAGAGCCCCGGGCGGCGGCGGGGGCCAGGGCUCCGACUCCACGUACGCCCAUGGCAACGGUUACCAGGAGACGGGAGGCGGUCACCAUAGAGACGGGAUGCUGUACCUGGGCGCCAGGGCCUCGCUGGCCGAUGCGCUGCCCCUGCACAUCGCACCGCGCUGGUUCAGCUCGCACAGCGGUUUCAAGUGCCCCAUUUGCUCCAAAUCCGUGGCUUCUGAUGAGAUGGAAAUGCACUUUAUCAUGUGUCUGAGCAAACCUCGCCUCUCCUACAACGAUGACGUACUGACCAAGGACGCCGGUGAGUGCGUAAUCUGCCUGGAGGAGCUGCUGCAGGGGGACACGAUAGCCAGGCUGCCCUGCCUCUGCAUUUAUCACAAAAGCUGUAUAGACUCAUGGUUUGAAGUGAACAGAUCUUGCCCAGAGCAUCCUUCUGAUUGACCCGCCGGGCGUGCUUGCUGACUUCUCUCUAAGGGCACCUUGCUAUACCUGCUGUACCUCCUCUCCCCGUCCCCCCUGCCCCACCUGGAGUUUCGGGCUGACUUUAAAUUCCUCAAGAAGACAAAAAUAAAACCCAGAAACUUGAAUCCACUUGGGACAACAGCGGAUUUUUUUCUUUUAUUUUAUUAUUUUUAUUUGUUUUGGUUUUGGGGUUGUUUUUUUUGUUUGUUUGUUUGUUUUUUAAUUUAAAAGUUUUAAACAAAAAGAAACAUCCAGAAGACAGUGUGAGAAAAGCGGAGCGACCCACUCUCCCCUCCACAGCCGCUGGUCACCAGGAGAUCUCUGCCUGCCAGGGAGGCCCCAGGGACAGCCUUGGCCGAAACCCUGCCAUGAUGUUUGGCUUUUCUCCCCAAAACGAAGGGGAGUGCUGCCGGGGGACAGCCGGCCAAACGGAGCACGUGGCAUUUCUCACCGGCAACCCCCCCACCUCCCACCCGGACUUGCCCGGGGGCUCUGCUCGGUUUUUUUGCACUGACUAAAUAGGAAUUUUCUCCUCUUUCCCAUCUCCCUUUUGGAGAUCUCCACCCCGUCCCGGCAGUGUGAGACAAGGACUCUGCCCCAUGCCAGGAGCGGGGCCAUGCUCCCCCCUGCUGAGCCACAGGAGUCCGUCUUUCAAGUGUUUACAACGAGAAAAAAAGAGAAAAAGAGGAAAAAAAGAAAAAAAAAGAGAAAACCGACAAAAAAAAAAAAAAAAAAACAACAAAAAACAAACCACAACUGAAGCUUCGUGUUGACUGGCGUGUUCUUCGAUUUGAGCUUCCCUGCCCCAGUGAUGUUUACAGACUGGUCACUCUUUAACUCAGCUAUAACCACUCAGAGACUGGAGAGCCGCAGCAUCCCCGCCGCCCCUCCUGGGCUCCUCUUGCCAAAACUGCCCACCCUCUUUCUUUCCAUCGCCUUUGAGUCGAACCUUUCAAGGAGGGCACGGGGUGAGGCCCCCAAUGGCCACCCCGGCUGCCCCUGGCCAUGGGGGUGGCUUUGCCGGAGGUGCCAAGCUAUGCCCUCCCCGCCCAUCCCUGUCCCUUCCCGGUGCGGCGGGCGCAUUUUCAUUGGUGAGACCUCCCCUGCCGGUGGCCGUGCCCCUGCGGGAAACCUUUCUGUAUUUAUAUAUUAAAGAAAAAAACAGGGGAAAAAAACUAAGAGUUCAGAG